CGAUAGAUCAUAUCGAUCGCUCGAAUAUUAUCGAGGAGUAUAGUUACUUACCCGCCAAACUUCGGAACGUUCGUUCGCGCAAGUGCAAUUCGCGGUGGGAGAUCUCUUGUAUCAUCUGGGGGGGUUUAAAGUAGUGGGGAAUCUUCGAAAGAGCGGAUUAAACGCGAAGCAGCUAGACUAUCACCGCGUAUAUACCAGUACUAUUGGCAUGUUCCGACAAAUACGCGUUUUGAGCUCAUAUGAGCAUUAUGUAUUAAUUAAACGUUUUAUUUGCGAUGAUUUGCGAGUGUACCGCCAGAGCACGCGAUUAAUUAAAUGGCUUACAUAACUUGCGCGGUAACAUUAAUUAUUUCGAAUAAAUCGUAUAUAUUUUAUUUUUUAUAUCGUGAGUAUUAUUUCAAUAAAUCCAAAUUGGUGACAAUCUUUAAUAACCACGUGAAUACGAUCAGUGAAAGUCACCCUUAUUGGAGCACUCUUUCGUUUCUUCUUAUGAAUACGAAAUAGAGUUGCCGGUUCUUGGCUCGCUCAAUCGGCACUUAUGUGUUUUUUAAUUUUUUGUUAAAAUCGACAAUAAAAACCAUGUGCAGUGCUGAAUAAUAAUUAAAUAUCAAAGUUAUUUCUAAAAGUAAUUCAACAAGAACGAAUUUUAAUUAAAUGUGUUGCAUAUGAAUUUAAACGUGGCGGUGACCUAGAAACAAUUCAAAGUAGUAACUUUAUCAUUAGAGUAGACAAAUCUCGCAACGGUGCCAAGAAAAAAUCAAGUGGGGGAUUAAGAAAUGCGAUCAUUGUUCGUUCAGAUUGUUGUGUGACAAUGAGUUACGUUUGGACUAUGAUUAUGAAAUUCGCGCCACGAAACAAAAUUUCUUUUUGAAUUAUCAUGAAUAUAUUUAUUUUGUAUUUCAACAAAUUAUAUUCGUCUAUAAAAUUUCUAAAGUUUCAAUUAAAAUGAAAAAAAAAAUUGAAAAAAGAAUUUGAUAAUAUAACAAAAAUACGAAAAAUAACAAAGAGAAAAUCACACGCGGUAACGAUUGUUAUCGGCAAUAAUAGACAAGAGUCGUUAUUGAAUUAUUUGGUGAAAUUUCAUUUCUGCGAUUGUUCUAGUUCGUGCUCAAAGACGUGCCAAUGGUUAAGCAUUCCAUCUAUAAAACGCGUAGUUCACGUUUGCUGUGGAGUUGACGCACUGCCCGCGAUCGUUGCAUGAUAUCUCAUGUUUUUUGGAACACGCGGUCGUGUAUGUGUUCCAGUCUCGCGUCUCGUGCACGAAUUUUACGGUGACCUUUAACGGACAUAUAUUGAAUCAAGCGUGUGCCAAAAGUGCGGUGAAGUAAAAACGAAGUGUUGUGGCUUAUCACACGUGAAGAUGGAGGAUACAGAAGCCAAAAUCAUACCGGGAAUCAGCAUGUCCGUACUCAUACUCAUGAGCACGCUGUUUCUUGGCGGUGUGGUCCUUGUAAUCGGUUACAUUGUUAGCCGGUUGUCACAGUCCAAUAAAUCUUCAGAUUCAACGAAAAAUGUCACAGAAUCGGAUAAAGUGAAGUUCGAAGAACCAAGAGAUUCGACGAGCGGAUCGAUUGGGGCGGCCGGCGGUAGCAAUAAACGUGCUAAAAACAAAAAGAGACGCGAAACACAACAAGAGUUCACGCAUUCUUGGGUGGUUGGCGCGCUGAAGGGACACACGGGCCCUGUCCUCGACAUGAAUUUUUCCAGUAAUGGAAAAUUCAUUGCAUCUUGUGCUGAAGAUUGCGGGCUGCGGCCGGAAGAGGAGGUCCUGGAUCCCGGAGAAACGGAGUGCUAUAAGAAUCGCGUCGAGAUGUCAACAACGUCAACGAAGACGCAAGCGAGGAGCAAGAAUAAGAUAACGAAUACGCAAUCGGCGCCUGCAUCCAGCAUGACGUCGCCGACGUCCCCCCCGACGAUAUUACCGUCCCCUUCCGCGAAAGAGGAUCGUACGAUCCUGAGCAGGAGGCAAAGGAAGAACCGCACCAGGAACCCUAGGGACCAGCGCCGCGAGCAGGACGACGAGCAAAGGAUACAGGACGAGGAGCUGCAACACGAGGAGNNNAGCAGCCCCUCUGUGACGAGCCAGAUGACGUUUAACGGGGAGAUGGAUUCGGAUUCGAGGAGGAACGAGGGUGGAAACGAGCGCUGCGAGGACAAGGGUAUCAUCGUGGGCAUGAACGGCGCGAUGACGAUCGGGGCGGCAAGCGUCAAUGUGAUCUCGAGGAGUUGCGAUUUUUUAAGCAACGAGAGAAGGCAACUGAGCCAAUUCAGCGACGCUACAUUGUCGUCGAUAUUGCGCAAUUACGCGCUCACUGGGGAAUACCUCGCCCACCUUGGCUAUCCCGUCGAAUGCAGUUAUUAUCCGGGAUGCGCUGUAUUCAUUAACAACCCGCACCCUAUAGGCCACCGUAUAUUGAGGUAUCAUCGUUUGGACGCGAACGCGCAGGAAUUCGUGCCCGGCUCCUAUCAACGGUGGACCACGACCGAAAGCGAGGGGGACAGCGGGAACUCGAGCGGAAGCUCGGUGGAGAAUUCGGACUNGCAGGAGGUGACCUCGUCGGACAGUUCGGACAUCGGGGAAUAUUCGUCCUCGUCCACCGAGUCGAAUUUGUUCGAUUACAAUUACCAGAGGGUUAGAAGGCACUCGAGCGUGGAAUACUACUCGACUCUGGAGUUGGUGGCGAUCGAGCGAAAGUGCGUGAGAUGUCAUAAAAGUUUUUACGUGAAUAGGGAGAAUGGUGAAUAUCUUUACGAGGAGAAGUGCGUCCAUCAUUGGGGGAAACUGCGCAGUGGUUUAGGUGGUGCUCAUGGUGAUUUGUGGGAGUGUUGUCGGAGCCGUGAAACGUCCCGGGGCUGUACAACAGCCGCCUUUCACGUUUGGACGGGGGCAGUCCCGGGAUACAACGGUCCAUUCGAUGAUUAUGUGCGUACGAAACUGGCGAGAACGGUGCCACAAGACGGCAAUUACGGUGUUUACGGUCUUGAUUGUGAGAUGUGCUUCACUCGACGCGGCCUAGAGGUGGUCAAAGUUACCGUGGUCGACAUGGACGGAAGGGUCGUUUACGACACUUUGGUGAAACCUGACGUGGAGAUAAUCGAUUACAAUACGAGAUUCAGCGGUAUAUCGGCUCAAGAUCUCGAAAAUGUCUCGAAACGUUUGAGCGACGUUCAGCAAGAUCUCCUAAGUUUUAUAUUCGCCGAGACCAUAUUGAUCGGCCACGGAAUGGAGAACGAUUUGCGCGCUUUGAAGUUGUUACAUACGACGGUGAUCGACACGUGCGUCGCAUUCCCCCACUUCCUCGGUUAUCCAUUUCGAUCGAGCUUGAAAACGUUGGCGAGGACUGUAUUGCGAAGGGACAUACAAGUAUCGGAACACGAUUCCGUCGAGGAUUCCAGGAUAGCUGUUGACCUUAUGUUGAGAAGGGUGAAACACGAUUAUAUAGAUAGUUAAUGUACAAAAAAAAA